GGAGGGAGCAGAAGAGAUGGAGCCUGUGUGGGGCCCCAAGAGGGAAAGUGGAAAUGAGCCAUUGCUAUUCACAGGUUCUUAAAGCCCAUCCUUUCAACCAUCAACUUGGGAAACAGAUUCAAAGUGUCAGUCCAGAAACAAUAGUCUGAGAACCAGAGAGCUUCCUCAUACAGUUGAGUAGAGAAUAGGAACAUCAAGACAUGGGACAAGCCCUAUAUAUCCAGAGCUGCGACUUGCAGAUAGCCAGAAACCAUGAAGAACAUCACACCACGGGCAUCAGUUCCAGGCGCCUCAUUGUCCGCAGAGGACAGCCCUUCACCAUCACCCUGCACUUCCGACCACCGGUUCGAGGAUUCUUCCAGGUUUUAAAGAAGGUCUCCCUUGUGGCUCAAACAGGGGAAGAGCCUUCCAAGACAAACAGGACCAAGCUCAAAUUCCCCAUCACCAGCCUAGGGAACCCUAAAUGGUGGAGUGCAGCAAUAGAAGAGAGAGAUUUCCAAACGUGGACCAUCUCGGUGACCACACCUGCUGACGCCAUCAUUGGCCACUACUCCCUCCUGCUUCGGGUCUCUCGAAGGACUCAGUACCUCCUGGGCCACUUCACGCUACUUUUUAAUCCCUGGGCACAAGAGGAUGCAGUAUUCUUGGAGAAUGAGGCCCAGCGCAAGGAAUAUUUGCUGAGCCAGGAUGGAUUCAUCUAUCUGGGCACGUCGGAUUGCAUCCAGCCACAGCCUUGGGACUUUGACCAGUUUGAGGUCAAUGUCAUUGAUCUCAGUCUCAGUUUACUGGAAGUAGAUAAGAAAGUGGACCAGAGGAACGACCCUAUCCAUGUGACCCGGGUGCUUGGAGCCUUGCUGAAUGACAGGAAGGAGAAGAGUAUUCUGACCACAUCUCAAAUCCAAGAUUCCAAGGACGAGAGAUUCCUGUAUAAGCGCCGAGGGAGUUUGCCCAUCCUCAGGCACUGGCUCACUGGCCAAGGGCGGCAGGUGCCUGAUAAGCAGGCCUGGGUGUUGGCAGCUGUCACCUGUUCAGUGCUGAGGUCCCUAGGAAUCCCUGCCCGAGUUAUCACAAUCUUUGACUCAGCCCAAGGCACAGGAGGAGCCUUGACUGUGAAUGAAUAUUAUGAUGAGGAUGGGCUUCAGGCUGGAGAGGACCAAGGAAGCCGAAUCAGUAUUUUCCAAGUCUUAACUGAAUGUUGGAUGACAAGACCUGAUCUGUCCUCAGGUUAUGGAGGAUGGCAAAUUGUGGACUCAAGCCUUCAGAAAGAAAGUGGCCAUAAUGUCUUGGGUUCCUGUGACCUAGUUCCAGUUAAGGCAAUCAAGGAAGGGGCUCUGGGGUUGAGUCCUGUGGCACCAGUUCUUUUUGCCUCACUCAAUGCUUCCUGUGCAGUCUGGAUUAGAUCAAAGGAUGGGACGGUGACUCGGGCUGAUUCCAGCCCCAAGUAUGUGGGCAACAACAUCAGCACCAAGGGGGUUGGAGGAAAUCGUUGUGAAGACAUCACUCAAAACUACAAAUAUCAUGAAGGAUCUCCACAAAAAAGAGAGCUCUUAGAGAAAGUCUGGGAAGAGAGCGCUAAACCUGGAAACGUCAAUGGGGUCUCCAUCAGUCCAGAAACAUUGGAGCCUCUGCACAUGCUCUUGGAUUCAUCCAGCUCCAUGCCUUUGGAUGGAGAUGUUGACUUAGCUGUGAAAUUGUUUAACCACACUAAUGAGGAGAAGACUGUGGAUCUGGUGAUUGGGAUCCAGGCCAUGGACUAUAAUGGAGUCACCACUACACAGCUCUACAAAAAGAAGUUAUUCCUUACUCUUCACGACAAUGAGGUCAGAACCAUCAGUACAAGCCUGUCCUCUUCUCAUUUUGUACAAAGCCCUCCUGAGAACAGCAUCCUGAGAUUGACAGCUGUGGCAACCCACACAGAUCCUGAGACUAGCUACUUUGCACAACGGGACAUUGCCUUCUGCAAACCACAACUCAUCAUUGAGGUGCCAGAGAUGGUAAAACUGUACAAACCAGUCGUGGCUUCCAUCACUGUUCAAAAUAAGAUGGAUUCUCCCAUGGAAGAUUGUGUGAUCACAGUAUUUGGAAGAGGACUCAUUUACAGAGAGAAGAGCUAUAGAUUAGGUUCUGUCUGGCCGGGAAAUUUUCUCUACCACCAGAUCCAGUUCACUCCAACCCACGUGGGGCUCCAAAGAUUCAUCGUGGAAGUGGAUUGCAGCAUGUUCCAGAACCUAAUGGGUUACAAGAGUAUUCACGUCGUGAUGCCUGAAUCUCUAGUUUGAAUUUGCACAAUGUGUCUGCCCACCUCUAGCUCUGCCCAGAAGGGUCUCCAAGGGACAUCAGGCCCAGAAGGGAGAGCUAGAGACAAACACUGGGGGUGGGGAGGCACAUUGCUUAGAUUAAAAUGUAAUGUAUCCCAUUCUCUAAUGUGUGGGUGUCAUUUCAAGGUGGAAAGGAAGGUGUUGCUCUCAGCUCAAAUCACUCCGAAGCCUCUAGUUAAAACAGAACUAGACCCAAAAGGAGUAUGUACAGCACUUCUGCCUCCAUGGACUACGGCAGCCUUGGAAAUAAGGUAUCUUCUUAUAUAAUGAUACCACUUUUUUAUUUAGCCCCCUCUCCCCUUUUAUUUUUAUAACUUUAAUUAAUUUAGAAUAUUUUUUUUCUGUGCUUUCAUGAUUCAUGUUCUCUCUCCCCUCCCACCCCCCACCCAUAGCUGAGCAUCCACUGAAUUUUACGUGUAAAUGAUACCACUUAAAAAACAUUUUUUUUUUUGCAUGGCAUUUUAGUUUUCAGAACAAAUAAUAAAAUAAUGAGAUAAUUUACAUGCGGCAAGUAAGUGGCCCAAUGGAUAGAGUGCUGGGCCCAAAGACUCAUCCUCCUGAGUUGCCAUCUGGCCUCAGAUACUCACUGGGUGACUUUGGAAAAGCCAUUUCAUCCUAUUUGCCUCAGUUUCCUCAACUGUAAAAUGAACUAGAGAAGAAAAUGGUAAAUCUCUCUAGCAUCUUUGCCAAGAAAACCUCAAAUGGGGUCAUGAAGAUUUAGAUCUGACAGAAACAACUGAAGAAAAACAAAAGUAGCACCUGGUUUCAGGCCCUAUGCUAAGUACCCAUCACUAAUAUUAUAUCUCAUUUGAUUCUUGCAAAAACCCUGGGAGGAGAGAGACUAGAGGAUGGGAGAGACUCAAAUCUGUCCAUUUUGCACAUUCAGGAAAACAAAUACAUCAUCGGGUAUAUUUUAAAUUACUAUCCCCAACUUAGAUUUGGUGAUAAUUUAACCAUCUUAUUAAUAUUACCCCUAAUUAUUACCACAAAUGACUCAAAUCAACUCUUCUCAUGCAUAUAAGUUGUACAUAAUGUAAGACCACAAUUUACAUUUUUAGUGUUUCAUCCAUGCUCUUAUCAUCCUCAUUUUACAGAUGGGGAAAUGGACUCGGAGAGGUUGAUUCCCCAAAGUCAGUUUGGCUCUCAUAGUUGGAAGUCUGGUGUGUAGAACUAAGAAAUGUAGAAAUAACCAAAUAUGUAGGAGAUGACCUAUACGAGGUCAUAAGGGGCCUGGAGUAAUUAGAAACAGUUCCUCACCUUAGUUUGGCAUUCAGACACUGAAUCAUUAUUUCCUUUCUGAACAACUUUACCAUUACCUAAACUUCUGGAGAAUACUAAAUAACCUUGUGAAGUUCUAAAAAUAAAAUGUGGGGCAGGUAGAUGGCUCAGUGGCCAGAGAGUAAGGUCUAAGGAUAGGUGUUGGGCUCAAUUUUGACCUCAGGGACUUCCUGGGCAAGUCAUUUAACCUCACUUGCCUAAACUUUACUGCGCAUCCAACUCAGAAAUGAUACUUAGUUAUUGAUUCUGAGAUGGAAAAACAGAAAGGGCUUCAACUCUUAGCUCAGGAAAUGACUGGGUUUCUCAUCCAAAGCCCAGACAAGCUAAGUUUGGAAAAGCUCAUCUCCAGAAAACUGGUUAUUGGGUCUUUUUUUUUUCUUUUUGGAAAGUGAGAGUACAGAUUGGGGGAGGAACGGAUGACAAUGGAUGAAGUACAGGGAGUAUCUAGCUCUAUAUAAAAAAGCACAGAAGCAUUGUCAUCUGCAUUAGCAAUUGAAGCAUACACACAGGAAAUUCUAGACCUUUUGUGGUCCUGGCUACAGUAAAGAGUGGCUCAGCUUUUACUGAUUAAAAAACACAAAAUAAAGGACCCAAGUUCAAUGCAACAAAACACCAGUGAUUUGGGUAAAGAUGUAAGGGAACAUGUAGAGAGGACAAAUAUAAACUCCUUGGAAAGAUUGCUUCAUCUUUUUGUUCUAUGUGCGUGGCCCACAGCAGGAGCUUAAUAAAUGAGAAAUUGUAAAUAAAGGCAGGACUUUAAGAGCUUAAAAACACACUAAGACUUUCAGGACACCCCACAUAUAGCACACACUUGCCAACGUUUCACAUUUAACCAUUUCCCCAAAUCUGUUAAAUUAAAAUCAGAUUGGUUUGUUGGAUGAAAACUGACCAAGCACGGGGCCAAGGAAAGCCUUUCUAACCCAUGAAAAAUGCUACAGAAAUAUCACCCCAUGUUUACCCCAAUUUAAGAAAAUUCAGUAUGUGAAGAUUCAUAUUUACAGAGAGGCUGGUAAGCCCCUCAAGUGCAUUCCAAAGCAUUUGGCUUCCUGACAUUCAGUUUACAUUCUUCUGGAGUGCUAUGUAUGGCAAAGGGAGUACAGGCUCUAACACUGAGCAAGAAAGGAUUCAACUCUUGGCUCAGGAAAUGACUCUGGGGCUCUCACCAAAAGACUGGACACGAUAAAUUUAGAAAAGCUCAUCUAGAAAACUGGUUAUCGGGGACAGCUGGGUGGCUCAGUGGAUUGAGCCAGGCCUAGAGACAGGAGGUCCUGGGUUCAGAUUUGACCUCAGAUACUUCUUCUGACCAUGGGUAAGUCCUUUAAACCCCCUUGCCCAGCCCUUAUUGCUCUUCUGCCUUAAGAUACAAAGUAUGGAUUCUAAAUCAGAUUCAAAAAAAAAAAAGAAAAAUGGUUACUGGGUGUAUUGGUUUUUUUGGUCUCUUUUUGAAGGGUUUGAGGGAUUGGGAGAGGUACA